UUUGAAUUUUCUUCUCUCUCUCAACCGACGUCUUUCCUCUUCCAAUUCAUCCGUUGCUUUGUUUCUAUUUCUCAGAAAAUCAAAGUCAUCGUUUGGUCAGCUAUUGUCUCUAUCUGUCGUUUGGAUUAUACUUUAUGUUUCACAUGAGCGGCAGCCUGGGAGCCUACAAUUAAAUCAGCCUUUUCCCUCAUUUCAAAACCCUAGCAAAAUGAGCUCUGACGAGGAUUUGGAGAAGUUGGACGAGUCGAGGAAGUACAAGUUGGCAGAACUCGAUGAACUAAUAAAGACGUCUCCUAAGCCCUGGAUGUUUCUACGUCGAUGUGGGUUGUUUCAACUGAUGGGUGAGAAAGAAUUUGCUUAUAAAGAUAUUGAAACUGCAUGGGAGAUUUAUAAAUCUUCGAAGAGCACAAAGGUGAAGGCUAGGGUUCUUGAACGUAGAUCAGAAUUUUACAAGAGCUACGAGGAUCUCCCCGGUUUACGCGAUUCUUAUGAGUCUCAAUUUGUCAACUAUAAAGCAAUGCCGGAAUCUCGACUUCGUAAAUAUACAGCUUUUCGUGAAUUCUUGGGCAACUAUGGGGAUCUUUUAGCUGAGAUGAAUGUAGAGCGGGAAAAAGCCAAUACUCUGAUAAGACAAGCUAUAUCACUAUAUGACGGUAAAAGUUACCCUUCCAGACUUAAUGAUUAUUUAGAAGGGCUCAACGAUGUACAUGAAAUGGCAGAAAUAAAAAGUAAGGCUCUGGAGGAGGAGCUGUCGAAUCCACCACCUGAUACACAAAAAAAGAAAAAUAAAAAGAAAAAAGAAAAGACGGUUAGCAAAUCAGCCGAAAAUUCCAGCGAUGUGAAGAAAGAAAUUAUUUCGUCCAAUGUUGGAGAAACCUCAGAAGCGAGCAUUUCAACGACAAGAAUCAUUUCGUCCAAUGUUGCGGAUUAUGAGAACCGUAAAGCAAGCAGUUCCAGCACUCUUGUGGUAUAAGUUGCUGUAUAUUCUUCUAUUACAUUAAGUUAAAACUGUCCGUGCUUUUCUUUUGUGCCGAUUUUUAAACACUUCUACUAAUAAAAAGAAAAUCUAUGUUCUGUAUUGCAAAAAGAAAUUAUUUCGUCCAAAGUUGGAGAAACCUCAGAAGCGAGCAUUUCAACGACAAGAAUCAUUUCGUCCAAUGUUGCGGAUUAUGAGAACUGUAAAGCAAGCAGUUCCAGCAUUCUUGUGGUAUAAUUUGCUGUGUUUCCUUAAUUUAAAUUGAGUUUGGUGUAUUUUUAGUGAACUUUACAUGUUCGGUCGGACUUCAACUAAUAAACAGAAAAUAUAUAUUUCUGCUGCUUGUUAUGUGACCAUUUAAUUUACUUCUUUUGGGACUUAUUUACCUUUAUUCUCAGACAGUUCAUGGUAGGAUUGAAUAUUAUUGUUCCUAUAAGAAAGAUGUUGGCUGCGGGGUUCAUGCAGCAGAGCUUUUAAUGCGAUCAUGGGUAGAUGGAAAAGAUGGAGUGAAAACCAUUUCUUGCUCUUUUCUAGAUUUUUCCAGUAAGGAUACGGCACAUUAUAACUCGUUGGUAGCAAAAUGUCUAGGCGAUCAUGCCGUGACAGUGCAUUUAGUGCAUGAGGGCUCGGUGAUAUUGGAUGAGGUGAAGUGUGAUUUGAGGGACUGGUAUACAAGGGUCUGUAAUUCUCUGACAGCUGAAGAUGAAAGUUCAUGGUUGACAUUUAUUGAGGACGAUGUAAAAAAGAUAUUCAGGUUUAUGCAAUAACUAUUUAAUAAUUUACAUUAUUGCUAUGAUAAUUUGCUAACUUUUUAAAUUUGCAGUGGAAUCUUCAAGUCCUUAACCUUAUUAUAUCAUUCCAAUGUCCAUGGAAAUUGGAUUAAUGGGAUAUCUAUUGGUAAAGGUACUCUUAAUGGGAAAGUAUAUAGUAUGAAGUUAGUAAGUGGUACGUAUAUCUUGAUGAAUUAAUUUAUUUUUUAUUUGGAAUAGUUAAUAACUAUUUAUUUUUUGUUAUAUAAAGCAGAAUGUUGGAGUUAUUUAGAUGAUUUCGAUGAUUUGUUUAAGAUCGUUCUUGCUGUCUUGAAAAGAAAGCAAUUUAAAGGGUGUGACGACCAGGAUGGUGAAUCGAGUGAAUACUUUCUUUUCAAGACAGCAAGAACGAUCUUAAACAAAUCAUCAAAAUCAUCUAAAUAACUCAAACAUUCUGCUUUAUAUAACAAAAAAUAAAUAGUUAUUAACUAUUCCAAAUAAAAAAUAAAUUAAUUCAUCAAGAUAUACGUACCACUUACUAACUUCAUAUUAUAUACUUUCUCAUUAAGAGUACCUUUACCAAUAGAUAUCCCAUUAAUCCAAUUUCCAUGGACAUUGAAAUGAUAUAAUAAGGUUAAGGACUUGAAGAUUCCACUGCAAAUUUAAAAAGUUAGCAAAUUAUCAUAGCAAUAAUGUAAAUUAUUAAAUAGUUAUUGCAUAAACUUGAAUAUCUUUUUUACAUCGUCCUCAAUAAAUGUCAACCAUGAACUUUCAUCUUCAGCUGUCAGAGAAUUACAGACCCUUGUAUACCAGUCCCUCAAAUCACACUCCACCUCAUCCAAUAUCACCGAGCCCUCAUGCACUAAAUGCACUGUCACGGCAUGAUCGCCUAGACAUUUUGCUACCAACGAGUUAUAAUGUGCCGUAUCCUUACUGGAAAAAUCUAGAAAAGAGCAAGAAAUGGUUUUCACUCCAUCUUUUCCAUCUACCCAUGAUCGCAUUGAAAGCUCUGCUGCAUGAACCCCGCAGCCAACAUCUUUCUUAUAGGAACAAUAAUAUUCAAUCCUACCAUGAACUGUCUGAGAAUAAAGGUAAAUAAGUCCCAAAAGAAGUAAAUUAAAUGGUCACAUAACAAGCAGCAGAAAUAUAUAUUUUCUGUUUAUUAGUUGAAGUCCGACCGAACAUGUAAAGUUCACUAAAAAUACACCAAACUCAAUUUAAAUUAAGGAAACACAGCAAAUUAUACCACAAGAAUGCUGGAACUGCUUGCUUUACAGUUCUCAUAAUCCGCAACAUUGGACGAAAUGAUUCUUGUCGUUGAAAUGCUCGCUUCUGAGGUUUCUCCAACUUUGGACGAAAUAAUUUCUUUUUGCAAUACAGAACAUAGAUUUUCUUUUUAUUAGUAGAAGUGUUUAAAAAUCGGCACAAAAGAAAAGCACGGACAGUUUUAACUUAAUGUAAUAGAAGAAUAUACAGCAACUUAUACCACAAGAGUGCUGGAACUGCUUGCUUUACGGUUCUCAUAAUCCGCAACAUUGGACGAAAUGAUUCUUGUCGUUGAAAUGCUCGCUUCUGAGGUUUCUCCAACAUUGGACGAAAUAAUUUCUUUCUACAAUACAGAACAUAGAUUUUCUUUUUAUUAGUAGAAGUGUUUAAAAAUCGGCACAAAAGAAAAGCACGGACAGUUUUAACUCAAUGUAAUAGAAGAAUAUACAGCAACUUAUACCUUCACAUCGCUGGAAUUUUCGGCUGAUUUGCUAACCGUCUUUUCUUUUUUCUUUUUAUUUUUCUUUUUAUUUUUCUUUUUUUGUGUAUCAGGUGGUGGAUUCGAAACAAAAUUAACACCUUUUUGUCCAGAUGACUUCGGGCAAUGGCUUCUGAGAGCCUGAUUAAUGCCUCCAGCUGUCUAACUGUCAUGCGAUAAGCAACUCUACUACCUGGUGCUGUAUCACCUUUCCGAAGAACAACAUAAGAAUCCACCAAUAGUUUUCUUGCUUCAGAAUCGAGCUGCAUAGUUAGCGUAGUUAAACCGGGCAAGGUAUUCUGCCCAAAGAAUUAGAAAUAGACAUACAAGAGGCAGCAGCAAACCUUUGGUUUCAAAGUUUUUGCAUAUGCAAUGUAACGUUUUAUUUGAGCAGUUGUGAAUGCAGGAGCAAGUGCUUCUUCAUGCUUCUGAUGAACUCUUACUAUGUGAUGAGCAAUGUGGUAAUCAACUUGAUCGUCUGGGUCAUCAAUCAUCACAUAUACUAGAUCAAAUCUUGAAAGAAUUGCAGGAGGAAGAGCCACGUUGUACUGGAAAAAUGCAACACGAGGUAGUUCAAGGAAACAAUGCAAGAAACAAAAGAAAAGGAUUCCAAGUUCAUGAUGAAACCAGGUGCAAGAGAAUUCUCACCUUCAGUGGUUUAGUUUUAUCAUAUCGUCCUCCUGCAGGGUUAGCAGCAGCUAAGAUUGAUGUUCGAGCAUUUAGUGUUGCUUGUAUACCUGCUUUAGUGAUGCUUAUUGUCUGCUGUUCCAUGGCUUCAUGAAUUGCCACCUUCACAUCCAUCAAUCAUAAUAUCAGAAAUGACAACAGUACACACCAAGUAAGUCGGUGAUACAAGAACAUUACCUGGUCUUUGACGUCCAUCUUGUCAAAUUCAUCAAUGCAACAAAUGCCAUUGUCAGCCAGCAUCAAUGCACCAGCCUAAAAAAAGUUGACGUCAAUGACAGUAGAGACAUUGAAAGCACAGAAUGACAUAAAUGAGGUUAGAUGCAGAAGGUCUUUAUAUAGAGAUCUAACUUAGUAUCUUUUGCACAUCAAAUUUGACAAUGGAAAUUAAAUGCAUUAGACGGCUAAUCCAUUUUCUGGUCCUGGUGGUGUACAUUUUAUCAACUCCAAAAUAUUCCUCAAGGAUACCACACCCAAGAAUAACUUUGAUGUGUUAUUUACAGCAUAUAAGAAGGAUCAAAAUUUAAUAAUACAUUAAAAAGUGCCUUUGGCUUCUGAUUGAA